AUCUUAUAAGUACGCGUUAACUUUUGUUGUGCUUUGUUUUUAAAACAUUGCGCUAAAUUUUUUGCGAAAAUUUCUUGUUUUUCGUUGAUAUUUUUGUUAAAUCUAUGAACAUUUAAUAAAAUAUAAAAAUGACGGAAGAGUUUAAUAUAUUUAAAAAUUUGGAUGAGCUAAGAAAAACAAAUUUACUGGAUCAACUCAAAACUCUGGAGUCUACCAAAAGUGCUGAACUCAAUGAUAGCUUAGGUUUAGAUAAUGAUGAUUUUGAUUUCGAUUCCCUGGUGAAUAAUAAUGUUCAAAAGAGUCCAACAAAAAGACACCGGCUCAAGGAAAAAAACACAACACCAGAUAAAAAAUCUAAGAAAAAUGAAAAGUCCCGUAGAUGUUCCACAUCAACUGAUGGCUCCCUGUCACCAACGUUGCCUUUGUUGGAGAAUUUAAGUAAACAAGUAGAUGAACAGCCGGUUGGUAGAAGAACAAGAAGAUCUUUGGAUUUGAGCAAAAAAAAGACAGAAACAAUAUUGGAAAAUAUUGAACCAUCAUCGUACAAGGGGAGAGGGAGAGGGAGAGGGAGAGGAGGUAAAGGAAGAGGUCGAGGUCGGGGUCGUGGGAGAGGAAAAGCAAGCACUGCAAAUACAACAGAUCUAUCAAAUGACACUACAGAUGUUUCGGAAAUUUCAAAUGGAGUAUUAUCAAACACCUCCUCAAAUGAAGUGUCCACACACGAAGAGGAGUCCGAUAAUGCGACAACAUCCACCCUAACAAUAAUGGAACGUUUUCUGCAACAGGGUCGUCGUGGUCGCCAACGUGUCAUGCGUGCUCGUCGUCAAUAUGUGGCCGAAAUUGCCGCUCGUAGUACACAAGUUGAUUUUAUAGAUUUAGUUUCCAGUCCUAUGCCCCGUGUUGAGGGUUUCAUUGAAUUAGACUCGGAUACAGAAGAAACAGGGCGUACUACACGUAGUAAAAAGAAAAAUCAAGAUGAAUUUACAAUAAAUUCAAGUGUUAAUAAGGGAUCGACUAAUGCAUCUUUGGAUAUAUCAUUUGAUGAGGACAAUCCCGAACUUAAUAUCAAAGUUAAUUGGAAGGGCAAACUGGAGUCAUUUAAAUUACGUAAAUAUCAGAAGUUUUCGAUUAUAUUUACACAACUGGCUGAACGUGAGAAUAUUUCCGCUGAGAAUAUAGUUUUCAAUCUUAAUGAUCGUAUUAUUAUGGCGGAUGAUACACCCGAUUCGAUAAAUUACAAAAUUUUUCAUUUUAUUGAUGGUCGUGUGCUUAAGAAUCGUUUUAACUCACCAGGAGCUGUAACAGCAGCCACUAAAAAACGUGAUGCCAAUAAAAUCACUCUUAAAAUUCAGUCUGAUAAAUGGAAGCGUCCCUUGCAAAUUGAUCUUAUGAAGACUGAUAAAUUUCGUAUUUUAUAUAUAAAAUGUGCAGAAGAAUUAAAAGUUGCACUAGAUCAUUUAAAAUUAAGUUUUGAUGGUGAAUUGUUAGAGCUAAAUGAUACUCCUGCAGAUUUGGAUUUAGAAGGUGGCGAAGCAAUUGAUUUGCGCAUUAAAAAUUGAUUAUGUUUAAUUGUUCUGUGUUUUUAUAUAUAUUUAAUUAGUAUGUUAAACAAAUUUUUAAUAAUUUAAACAAAUUUCUAAUAUUUUUUAACCACUUUUUCUGUAUUUUUAUUUCCAUUUUCUUUUUUAUGUGAAUUAGUUUCAGUUUUAGUUGCUCAAUUUUUCCUUAAUUUGUUUUAUUCUCAGUUUGUUUUUUAAUUUACAAUAGAACUAUAUGAUUCUUUAUUUUUCCCGGAAAUUAUGUUUAUUAUUUAACUGUUAGUAGCAAUAAAAGUCUUACAAAAUA